AUGAAAGAGGAGAUGCUAGACAGCUGUGACUGCAGCGACUGCUGUGACUGUAGCAACUGCCGCGACUGCUGUGACUGCAGAGACUGCAGCGACUGUUUUGACUGCAGCGACUGCAGAGACUGCUGUGACUGCAGAGACUGCUGUGACUGCAACAACAGCUGUGACUGCAGCGACUGCAGAGACUGCAGCGAUUGCUGUGACUGCAGCGACUGCUGCGAUUGCAGAGACUGCAGCGACUGCUGCGAUUGCAGAGACUGCAGUGACUGCUGUAACUGCAGCGACUGCUGCGAUUGCAGAGACUGCAGUGACUGCUGUGACUGCAGCGACUGCUGCAAUUGCAGAGACUGCAGCGACUGCUGCGAUUGCAGAGACUGCAGCGACAGCUGUGACUGCAGCGACUGCUUUGACUGCAGCGAAUGCAGAGACUGCAGUGACUGCAGCGACUGCUGCGAUUGCAGAGACUGCUGCGACUGCUGUGACUGCAGAGACUGCAGCGACUGCUGUGACUGCAGAGACUGCUGUGACUGCAGAGACUGCUGUGACUGCAGAGACUGCUGUGACUGCAGCGACUGCAGAGACUGCUUUGACUGCAGCGAAUGCAGAGACUGCCCUUGA